AUGACUGAAGAGAUCUCUGAUGUCAAGGCCUUCGCUUUGAGCGCCGCCGUGCUCUACAUCAAGUUCCUCGUGUGCACCAUGAUCCAGGGUCGCAAGGCCUUCGCGGCCGGCACGCGCAUGGCCGAAGACAGCAAGCUCCCGCAAGCCAAGAACGCGCCCAAGCAAGGAUUCGCCGACCUCACAGACGACCACGUCCGGACCGCAAUUGACGAAGAGAUGCGCUGGAAGCGGAUCAUCCAGAACGACCUUGAGUCCAUGCCCAUGGCCUACGUCGUCUUCUGGAGCGCUAUCAGCGUCGGGGUGAGCUCCAGCCUGACGACAGCGCUGCUUCUGGUGUAUACGGUCGCUCGCGUCGGACACACGGUCGUGUACUCCCAGAGUCUGCCCUACGCUCGCAUGGUGUUCUGGAUCGUAGGCAUGGCGUGCAUCGUUAUUGGCGCCGUGGCUAGCGCGCUAACUGCGUUGAAGUAG